GCGGGAGCGAGGCUCACUUCCGCCCGCGGGGAAGCGGCGGCGGCGGUGGCGGCGCAGGAGUCCGGCCCGGCGCCGAGGGACCGAGGACGUACGGGCGGGCGGCCGGGAAGCCAUGGAGCGCGGCCCCGGGGCCGGGGGGCGCGGGCCGGGGCGGGUUUCCCACUGCACGACGACAUGGAGACCUGUGGCUGCAAGGCUCCUGGGGGCUCAACUUGGACAGCGAUGGGGCUGGGCUGCAGCCUCCUAACGGGGCUUUUGUCUGGGGUGGUGGCCUGGGAGACGCCCUCCCCACUGCCCGCAUCUGGGAGCACCCCUGCACCUCCCCUGCCAAGUGAGGCUGGGCAGCCUUGUUGGUGGACGCCCCUGAGGAGGCCCAGUGAGGGGCCCGGCGCCCGCCAUGAACGGCCUGUCAGUGAGCGAACUCUGCUGCCUCUUCUGCUGCCCACCGUGCCCUGGCCGCAUCGCUGCCAAGCUCGCCUUCCUGCCUCCAGAGCCUACCUACUCGCUGCUGCCUGAGCCUGAGCCAGGGCCUGGAGGGGCUGGAGCUGCCCCCUCAGGGACCCUGCGAGUCUCUGCGAGCACCCCAGGGCGCUGGAAGGUCCAUCUGACUGAACGUGCUGACUUCCAGUAUAGCCAGCGUGAACUUGACACCAUCGAGGUCUUCCUGACCAAGAGCACCCGUGGCAACCGCAUCUCCUGCAUGUAUGUGCGUUGUGUGCCUGGUGCCAGGUACACAGUUCUCUUCUCGCAUGGCAACGCAGUGGACCUGGGCCAGAUGAGCAGCUUCUACAUCGGCCUGGGCACCCGCAUCAGCUGCAACAUCUUCUCCUAUGACUACUCUGGCUAUGGCGUGAGCUCAGGCAGACCCUCCGAGAAGAACCUCUAUGCAGAUAUCGAUGCUGCCUGGCAGGCCCUGCGCACGAGGUACGGCAUCAGCCCAGACAGCAUCAUCCUGUACGGGCAGAGCAUUGGCACGGUGCCCACGGUGGACCUGGCCUCGCGCUACGAGUGUGCAGCGGUGGUGCUGCACUCGCCUCUCACCUCGGGCAUGCGUGUUGCCUUUCCUGACACCAAGAAGACCUACUGCUUCGAUGCGUUUCCCAACAUCGAAAAGGUGUCCAAGAUCACGUCGCCUGUGCUCAUCAUCCAUGGCACGGAGGACGAGGUGAUCGACUUCUCCCAUGGGCUGGCGCUGUAUGAACGCUGUCCCAAGGCCGUGGAGCCACUGUGGGUGGAGGGCGCUGGGCACAACGACAUUGAGCUCUACAGUCAAUACCUGGAGCGCCUGCGCCGCUUCAUCUCCCAGGAGCUGCCCAGCCAGCGCGCCUAGUGGCUACCGGUGCACCACUGCGCUGGGACCUCAGCAAUAAGGCAGCCGCCUGGACUUGCCCUGCCGCGGCCCUGGGGGCUGCAUGUGGACCCCCAGGACUCCCCCAGGCAGCGGGCAGGCAGCUGUGACCCCGCCCCGGCCCAGGGGCCAUGGACAUUGUACAGGAGAUAGCUAUGCUCUCUUCCUUUUGAAAGCAAAAAGAAGAAAAGACGUGAAAACAAAUUAAAGAUUUAAGAUUUUCUC